AUGGACAACGUCGACGAGGAAUAUGACCGGCUCGUUGAACACCUUCACGACUGCACGAAGAAAGCUGAGAGUUUUAAAACCACCACGAGACGCCUAUCUCUUCAAAUUCCUGAGCUGAUACGCCAGCGUGGAGCUGCACGAGCUCCAGGCAACCUAGAACUCACGUUCGAGCUCGCAAGGCAUUGCACAGAGGCGAUAAAGGAAGACCUUAAAGAGAGGGGAACGGUCAAGAGGUACCCGUAUGAUGUGUCGCCACGUAUCCAGGAGGCUAAUAAAAAAAGUAGUCACUGGCGUGUCAAUCCACUUUGGGUGCGCCAGCGCGUUUUACUGGAAUUCGUUUUUCGUUAA